UUUCAGUUGUGAUUGGCAUACUUUGGUGUGACAAAGUUGUUUCCUCAAUGAGAAAGGCUUCUAAUCUGCAGCGCGCACUUGUGCGCUUCGGGGUACCCUUGUUGCUUCUUGUUAUAUUUUAUUAUGCUAUAUUUGCUGUGACAAAAACUGAUGUUUCAGGGGAUGAAGUGAACACAUAUGGGAAGGUUUUCAAUGAAGAGUUUGCAAAGACAAUGCUAGAAGUUGAUAAGUUUGUAGAAGAAAAAUUGGAAGCAGUUUUCCAUCCCAAACCAACAACAUUCAAGAACCGUUUUUUGAAGGAUCCGAUUCCAAUAAUUCGUAAGGAGCGUAUUAAACCAUUUUUUAUCAUCUCCCCUCCACGGAGUGUCUUUUAUGGGCCUAGGGAUUGCAUAACUUCUAACGAGCUCUGGCCCAAAAACCGGCCCGGCCCAUCAUCUCGACAAGACUCUUCCUCCAGUUCCUAAAGUUUCUCAUGCUUUAAUAAGUCAUCCUUUCUCUUUCUAGAUCUUUAAUGAGUUUUGGUUAUGUUGGUUUUUUUUUUUUUUUUGAUAGGUUGGUUAUGUUGGUUUUUGUUGUGUACUUUGGUUAAGUUUCCUAUUUGAGUAAGUUUUCAUGAGAACCGUCUAUAUUUUCUU